AUGAAGGUCCUCGUCUUGGGUUCCACCGGAAGACUUGGCUCCCGCGUUCUGUCAGCUUUGCUGGCACGAGGACACUCAGUUGUCGCAUUUGCGCGCGAUUCCUCAAAACUCCCUCCCAGCAUUAUCUCUCAGCUUUCGGCCGUGGAGCUUGGAGAUGCGACAAAAAGCGCCGAUAUCACAGCUGCCGGAAACAAGCACCAAUGCGAUGCCAUCGUGAAUACGGCUGGUUAUGCUGCCAUGGCACCUUGGGGAAAGAGUGAUCUUCCUUCGAUCGUGGAUGCAGUUAUCGCCGCCGCAUUGGAGAUAGGCCAGGGUCGUGAAACCCCCUUGCGGAUGUGGUUCCUCGGAGGACUUGGCCUCUUGGACCUCCCCAAUACCAAUUACAGAAUUGUGGACUACUUGCGAAUGUUCCCACAACACCGUCACACCUGGGCCAAACUCCAGGCCUUGCCACCCUCGGGCAUUCAAUGGUCUGUUCUUUGUCCCGGUGUCAUGUACCCUAUGAGCGAAACCACCUACCCUCUCCCAAAUGGAGCCUCGGCCAACAACCUCACGGUUGCUAGCACUUCACCCCCCGACUGGUCGUCAAAAUUGCUGGGUACCCCGUUGAUCGGAGGUUACUUAAAUGUUCUCAGCCAGGCAUCGUCAUACAAGACAGCUCUUGAGGAUAAUGCAGAUUUCAUUGCCCAGGAUCUUUUGGAGGGAGCAGAGAGCCCAUGGAUCUAUCAGAAAGUGGGAACCAAGAACAAGAGGCAAUAA